AUGUCAAGCAAAAUCCAGGAUGUGGGCAUAGGGGAGCUUAACAAGAACCGCCACCCUAAUUUCCUGGUAGUGGAGAAGGAUACUACCAUCAAUGAGAUCGAAGACACUUUCAGGCAGUUUCUAAACAGGGAUGACAUUGGCAUCAUUCUCAUCAACCAGUACAUCGCAGAGAUGGUUCGGCAUGCCCUUGACGCCCACCAGCGCUCCAUCCCAGCCAUCCUGGAGAUCCCAUCCAAGGAGCAUCCCUACGAUGCAGCCAAAGACUCCAUCCUGCGCAGGGCCAAGGGCAUGUUCACGGGCCGAAGACCUGCGCUAGGGCUCCUCAGCCGCCAGCCCCCUCUCACUACCAGGCCUCUGCCAAUCCAGGCUGGUUAG